GAGAGAGAGGGAGAGAGAGGGAGAGAGAGAGAGAGGGAGAGAGAGAGAGGGAGAGAGAGGGUCAAUUUGUACAACUGGAAAUCAGGCGGAACAUAUCAAGGGGAGGGUCGCGUUUCAGCUGUGACUGAAUCAAAAAUAAGUCGGCGAUAGUGCUGGGGCUGCUUUAAAACACCGAAAAGAGAAGCGUGGUGUGCCUGUGUCCAUUCAAACAAAGCCGCAGGAAUAGAAUAGGUAAUUGCAGCUGUCUAGCGAAGCCUCCGUCUGGAUCGUCUCGCCUGGGUACAUAUGGGAAGGCAGAUUUGAAGAGAAAGCAACAGGUCAUUUGUGUGCUUUGGCAAGAUCUAUGCACGGGUGAGGCAAGACUAUAGCGAAGUGCUACAAGGGCGAAGUCACCCAGAUAACGAGAUUUCACUCGGAUUGUUGUUGCAACGAUAACGGGCUGUAAAAGUAAUACUGGUUUUGAAUUAAAAUAGAGUUUGCCUCUUCGAUCGAUAUUGGUGGAUAUCAACAACACAAGCGGAGAAAGGUGAGAGAUAACGAACAGACUGGAAAUUACAAGGAAAGAAGGAUGAUAACCGCCUGUACAGAAGACUACAGACCUGGAGCUCCGUUCUGAUAUCAAGGCGUAUACUAAUAUAAUAUAGAGACUGUACUGUAGACACAGGAAUGUUUUUUUUAUUAAGGAAAGGAAAUCUGUAGGCUGUAGGCGUGACUAACUGUUGAUUUUUCAGCGCAGCUGAGAAAUUCGAGGUAAACAACAAGACCUUGUGAUUACCAACUAUUCUGCCAUUUUGCCAAAUCUUUCAUCAAAGCUAUUAAAAUCGUAUUAGUUUAUUAUUAUUUCAUCACUAAUCAUUUUAACCAAGUUUAAUUGAAUAAUACAGACAACUGGCUAUCGAUUAGAACAGCUUUAUUUUAUUAUAUCAAUCCAUAGCAUGUUGCUGCUAUUUGUUUUAAAAGAAAACAAAAUCUAAGUACAUUUAAUAUGUAUUUUAGAACCAGCGGUUAUUUGAGAGAAUAUAUAUUUUAAUACACUCCUCCUGUACAGUGGGGAUCAUCUACCUCCUUGUUUAUCAAUAGACUUUUCUGUUCGAUAUCGAACAGGACAGAUAUUUAUUGCAGUCGCCAUAAGAAUCAAUUCUCAAUGACACAAGGACAGAUUAUCCCAGGUAGCCCACUCGACUCCGAUUGUCUCUGAGUUAAAGGAAGGGACAUUUCAUACAGCAGAGGGACAGGGCGACCGAUCCAUCUAAAUCUAUGAUCAGCUCGGUGUGUGUCUCAUCUUACCGAGGGCGCAAGUCUGGCAACAAGCCUCCGUCCAAAACAUGUCUGAAAGAAGAAAUGGGCCGGGGAGAAGAUUCAGAAAAGAUUAUCAUUAACGUCGGGGGUACCCGACACGAAACAUACAAGAGCACCCUUCGGACGCUGCCAGGCACCAGGCUGGCAAGACUGGCGGACCCGGACCCUCAGCGCAACUUGGAUUUCGACACUAGCCACAAAGAGUUAUUUUUCGACCGGCACCCGGGGAUAUUUGCCUAUGUUUUAAACUACUACCGGACUGGCAAACUCCACUGCCCGGCCGACGUCUGCGGACCCUUGUUCGAGGAAGAGCUGGCCUUUUGGGGGAUAGACGAGACCGACGUGGAACCCUGCUGCUGGAUGACGUACCGGCAGCACAGGGACGCUGAAGAGGCGCUGGAUAUAUUCGAGCCUCCAGACCUGGACGAUGCCAAUGAUAGCAAGGACGUGCCAAGGAGCCUGGCUAUUGACGGAUGCCCAGAUCGAUCACGAGGUUGUUGGGAGGUCUGGCAGCCUAAAAUAUGGGCCCUUUUCGAAGACCCUUACUCGUCUAUGGCAGCCAGGGUCAUUGCUUUCGUCUCCUUGUUCUUCAUCGUGGUUUCCAUCACCACGUUCUGCCUGGAGACGCACGAGGCAUUCAACCGCAUCGUGAACCGGACAGAGUACGUGAACAGCACAUACACGCUGACCUACCUGGAAGUGGAGACGGAGCCCAUGCUGACCGUGGUGGAGGGCGUCUGCGUGGUCUGGUUCACCUUCGAGUUCUUCAUCCGCAUCAUCUGCUGCCCGAGCAAGCUGGUCUUCAUCAAGAACCUGCUGAACGUCAUCGACUUCGUGGCCAUCCUGCCUUUCUACCUGGAGCUGGGACUCAGUGGACUGUCGUCGAAGGCGGCCAAGGAUGUGCUGGGCUUCCUGCGGGUGGUACGCUUCGUACGCAUCCUCAGGAUCUUCAAGCUGACCCGCCACUUCGUGGGGCUGCGAGUGCUUGGUCACACUUUGAGGGCCAGCAUCAACGAGUUCUGUCUCCUUAUCAUCUUCCUGGUUCUGGGCGUCCUUAUAUUCGCCACCAUGAUCUAUUACGCCGAGAGAUUGGGUGCCGACCCCAACGACCCCACAGCCAGUGAGCACACUCACUUCAAGAACAUCCCCAUCAGUUUCUGGUGGGCUGUGGUGACCAUGACCACCCUGGGCUAUGGGGACAUGUACCCCCAGACCUGGUCUGGCAUGCUGGUCGGGGCUCUGUGUGCCCUGUCAGGAGUGCUGACCAUCGCCAUGCCCGUGCCUGUCAUCGUGAAUAAUUUUGGGAUGUACUACUCACUGGCCAUGGCCAAGCAGAAGCUGCCUAAGAAGAAGAAACACAACCCCAACGUCCAGCUGGAGAAAUCGGAGAUCAGCUCCCCUCAGAACAGCACCCAGAGCGACACCUUCCCACUGGCGACUGAGGAAGCUGUUGGGAGGAACCGGUCAGAUUCAAAGCAGAAUGGCGACGCCAGCGUGGUGCUGUCAGACGAAGAGUCUGGAGAGGUGAGCAAGCCCCUGUCGCCUGACAACAAGUGGCCAAUCCGCACCGGCUCCAGGGGAAAGAGCAAGAAAGAAGCCACCUGCUUCCUGCUGACAGCAGGAGAUUUCUCCUGCGCCAUUGACUCCACCGUCCGAACAGAUACAGGCAGCCGGGAGAGGAACGGAAAGGAAAACUUCCUGUGAGCCAAAAGGUGUUGUGAAGAUGGCAUGUCAGUGAAAGACAGCCUGUCAUCCAUCAAGCACAUGUGAUGAACAUACAAUACAACGGAAUACGUGUCUAAAUAUUACAGUGGAGUUUGUGAGUGUGAAGCUAAACUCAGAUUCUGGAUCCUCUGUCUCAAGUUCUCUGGCAGGAAAGAGAUCGUUUCAUUUAGAUGCAGGACAUUGCUUGAAUAAAAACAUAACAGUAAAAUAUAUGGGGUUUUUUUUGUUUUUUUUUUUAAAUCGCCCAGUUGCAAUUCAUUUGCCGUGCAGUGUUUUUUUUUUUUUUUUUUUUUUUUUUUUCCCCCAAAUCAUCUUGGCUUCGACUUUAAGAUCCUUGUCCGUUUUAAUUGCACAGAACGGUGUUGUGACACCGCCUCUAGACAGAAACUCUCCUUCCGUUUCAAAUCUUUCAGCUUCUAAACGCCAAGCCCAGAUCAUGCAUGGUAGAGCGCUCCUGAUUCUUGCAGAUGCGGAUCGAUGCGCACCUGAGCAAACUGAUUCCUCUGCUCUGUCCCAAUUACACUUCCAUUUAUUACAUUGUAGUUUUUACUGUUGUGUUUUUUUGUUUUGUUUUGUUUUGUUUUUAGCAAUAACAAGAAGCCAGCUGCAAAAUCUAUUCAGAGAGAAGGCAUUGAAUAGAGAUGCUACAGUAGAAGCGGUCCUCCUAUUAAAAUGUGUACUCUCUGCUCUGGGUGAAUUGUACUGACUCUGUUACGUCUCACGUGUGUCUACGGCAAUACCGUUACUACCUUGUGUCUUUCUGCUGGAAAACCAAUAAAGAGAUUUCCAUUGUCA